AUGGCAAUAAAAGGCACCGGUUUGGCAGCAAUUAUUGCCGGACAAAGCACGAUGACUGCACAACCCAGAGUACCUCACCGUAAUAGCAACAUCUACGACAGGAUCAAAGCGGGAUUUCGCGCAUCAGGACUUCAUAUUGGAUUGGUGGUUGCUUGCAUGAUCUAUAUCUACUUGGGAGCUAUAGUAUUCAAGCAUAUGGAGUAUCCACAUGAGAUGGAAAUUCGCGAAGAGACAUCAUCACAAUUUGAAGAGCUACAACGACGUUUUUUGAGAGAAGUCGAGGAUGUCAAAGAUUUGAUAGACGUUGAUGAUGAACAAUUCAACAUCACAGUGGAUGCCCUUAUAGACAAAUAUGUAGAAGAUCUCUUCAAGUCAUUCGAGAAUCCAAUAGCUAAAAACUAUUUUGACUCCAUGUUCUACAAUGAGGGCGAUUACACAAACUUAUGGACAAUGGAUUCAUCGGUGCUAUUCACUGCUACGACCAUGGUCCCAGUAGGAUUUGGGCUAAUCACUCCUUUAACCUGGGCAGGACGGAUUUUUCUGAUUGUCUAUGCUAUUGUUGGUCUACCGCUGGCGCUUGUUACUAUUUCAGACAUUGGCAAGUUUUUCUGCGAUGUUAUAUUCAAGCUUUUUCGCGAGAGUACCACAUCAUUCAUGGUCGUACUGCUGUUACUACUGGUACUCUAUCCGGUUAUUGGUGGUCUUUGCAUUCACAACGUCUCAAAGCUAUCGUUAUUUGAUAGCGUCUAUUACUGCUGCAUAACAAUUUUGACAGUUGGUUUUGGAGACAUCGAUCCGCCGAUAUCAGUUCCAUAUCUGAUACUGUUUAUUGUAGUGGGAGUUACACUUGUUACAAUAUCAGUGGACGUGAUCGCAGCAGAGGUUAUCCAUCAAAUACACUAUAUGGGAAGACAAAUGGGAAAGGCGAAGGUGAUAGCCGACAAAAUGAUGCAGAUGGCGCAGAAAAUCAGCAUCCAAAAGGGACUUGGUUUGGGAAUGGCACAGCUGGGCGCGUUUGCUAGGAUGGGAAUGAUGAUAAACCUGACCUCCAAUGGUGGUACAGUCCGUGAAACGAAUGGAAAUGAGCGUGAGGAAGGAAUAAAGCGCAUGAGCACCGCAUACGACCCUGAUAUAGAGUUCGACCUCAUAGAUAAAUUAGGCCCCUCUGCGAGUUUGUAUCACUUUGAUUACGACGAUGACGAGAACGAAAAUUUCUAUGCGUGAAGAAAUUUUGAGACGACAGUGCUGAAUUGUUGCAUCGAAAGAACUUUGGAUUUCAUUAUUUGGUUCACAUUGAACAUUUUCG